AUGCCGCAGGCUGCUCAGACCUCGCCAGGAAAUGAGUUCUUCCAAGCAACGCCGCCUAUGAGGCAGCCUCAACUCGUUUGGAUGUAUCGUUUGGAGGCGGACAUGGAAGGCAUUGAUCAUGAACUCGGAGCGCCUUUCGGAGCAGGAAUUACCCGUACGAUAAUGAAUAUUCGCGGGGGUAUAUUGCGAGGGAAGGGGUUCGAAGGCAGUAUUCUUCCCCUUGGAGGAGCCGACUGGGCGACUGGGGUGAAAGGAACGCAUUUCUUCAAACUUGACGCACGAUAUACCGUCAAGACCAGUGACGGGUACUACCUUUAUAUUCGAGCGCUUGGGGUAUAUCGACCUGGACCUGGCACCAAGUAUUCCAAGUCAGAUAUGAACAGCCCGCCUCCACCAACUGUCACCCAAGACGAUGUCGAGUUCUUUUCGCAUCUGAGUAUUGAAGCCGGAGAAGGUCCUUACAAUUGGAUGAACGGAAUUGUGGCCGUUGGGGUCAUGUCAUGCAUCGAGGAACGGAUUUGCAUUGAUGCCUAUCGACUUACCAACUUUGCAGAUAUGGCUCCCGAGGAGGUAGUCACCGUCUUGUAG